AUGGUCUCGUCGACAUCGGAUUCACUCGCUGUGGCGUCUCCAACCGCCACUAACCCCGAUGCGAGGUCCGUCUAUACUUCAAUGGAUCUCGUAAAAUCCUCACCUAGUCAAGCACUCUCCAAGGAGGGAUCCUUGGUGGAUGAAGAGAAACAUGAAGUCCCUCAAGUUGAAAAGACCACUGUGGUGCCUCAAGCAUCUAACAUUGUCGACUGGGAAGGCCCCGAAGACCCUGGCAAUCCAAUCAACUUCAGCAUCUUCAUUAAAUUCACCAACGUUGGAAUCGUCAGUGCGCUGACAUUCAUCACCCCUCUGGCAUCUUCAAUGUUUGCGCCUGGUGUCCCCCAGCUCAUGGAAGAAUUCCAUAGCUCGAGUACACUGUUGACUGGGUUCGUCGUGUCGGUCUACGUUCUCGGAUUUGCCAUUAGGCCGCUUAUCUUGGCUCCUGCACUCGAGCUCCUGGGACGAGCCAUUAUUUACCACGUCUGCAACAUCGGAUUCACGGUGCUCACUGUUGCCUGUGCGGUGAGCACCAACCUGGGGAUGCUCAUCACUUUUCGGUUUUUUCAGGGCUGCUUUGGCUCCGCGCCUGUCACAAACGGAGGAGGCACAAUUGCGGAUCUCAUCAUUCAGGAAAAACGUGGAGGUGUCAUCGCCAUCUAUACCCUCGGCCCUUUGUUGGGACCCGUCAUCGGCCCCGUGGCAGGAGGGUAUUUGACAGCGGCCAACGGCUGGCGUUCGGUCUUCUGGGUGCUCACCGUAAUUGGCGGAUUCUGUACGGUUAUAUCGUUCUUGUUCCUACGUGAAACAUGCCCGACAGUUCUUCUCAAGCGCAAAACGCAACUCCUCAUCAAAAAAACUGGCAGAUGGGACCUCCGCUCAAAACGAGACAACGGUCUCUCGACCAAGCAGUUGUUUAUUCAAGCCGUUAUCCGGCCAUUCAAAAUUCUGUUUCUAUCGCCCAUCGUCUUCGCAAGCUCGAUUUACGUGGGAAUUGACUACGGAUACCAGUAUCUGAUGUUUUCAACCUUCACCUAUGCCUUUGAGGACCAAUACGGGUUUCCAACCAAAUCCUCCGGUCUGACAUUCCUCGGAAUGGGUGUUGGCUCGCUACUGGGUCUCUUUGUAAUUGGCGCGGUCUCCGAUCGGAUCCUCAAGGCCAAAUCCAAACCUACCCCACAGUCUCCCGCAGGUGUCAUGAAGCCGGAAUACCGUCUGCCGCCACUUGUCGUUAGCGCGUUCUUUAUCCCAGUGGGCCUGUUCUUAUAUGGUUGGUCUGCAUACUACAAAACACACUGGAUCGUGCCAAUCAUUGGCACCGCACUUGUUGGGAUAGGCAACAUUGCCGUCUUCAUGUGUAUCACUACAUAUCUGGUUGAUGCGUUUACGAUAUUUGCGGCCAGCGCAUUGGCUGCAAACACAGUCGUGCGUAGUAGCAUGGGUGCAUUACUACCCCUGGCUGGACAAAGCAUGUAUCAGUCAAUGGGACUUGAAUGGGGGAACAGUUUGCUGGGGUUUAUUGCAGUGGUGUGUAUCCCAGUUCCCUCGCUUUUAGAUAUCAAACAAGAUAUAUACGAGCCGGAGAAGAUCGUCUACUGUCUCAAAGAGCGCCGUCGAGUAGCGGAAUUAAUGUAA